CAGCUAUCAAUAUGGCUGCCACCCGAAUUUUGAGAAGAUUUCGAUUAAAUUUACAGAAUUGCUCAAGAAAGAACUAUUCGGGGGGUAAAAGCAAUUCUCAUUCACGCAGAACUGUUGCCACAAUAUGCACCUGCUCAACUGGCCUUUUGAUAUCAGUGUAUGUAGCCCAAAGGAACGUUAAAUCGUGGUUCAAUUCGCCAACUAUUUUAGCGAAGGAAAAAGAAGACGAUGAAGAAACUAGGCGUCCACUGUUAAGCCAUCGUGAGAGACGAUUUUUAGCUUUUGCCUCCCUAGAUUACAAGGGAAAUGUUUACAUGACUCCCCAGGAUUUCCUCGAAUCCGUUACGGAAGAAGCUCCCCGACCACGGAUCAGUCGCCAUAGACUUGAGUUGUCAGAAAUUGAAGCCAUGACGAGGAAAACGCCAGAUCAUCAAAAUGGUUCCACACAUCUAUUUCGGAAUCUCAAUGAUAAAGGAAUCAUAUCGUAUACAGAGUACCUGUUCCUGCUAUGUGUACUUACAAAGCCUCACUCUGGGUUCAGGAUAGCGUUCAACAUGUUCGAUACAGACGGCAAUGAGAAAGUCGACAAAAAAGAAUUCAUGGUG